CCCCCUGGUGGUCAGACGUGGUAACAGCGUUUGCUCUGUUUGCAUUUGCACCGUGGAAGAUGGCGACUGGAGUCCUUCACAGAGUCAGCGGUGGCCUGGGUCGGGCUACAAGCAGGGCCCAGUCCGCUGGACAGCUCGUCGUUUGGAGCAGGGCGUUUGCAACAUCGAGCAGCAGAAACAGAGAGGACAGCUGGUUUAAGUCGCUGUUUGUGAGGAAAGUUGAUCCCAGGAAAGAUGCACACUCCAACCUACUGACCAAAAAUGAGGAGAGUAAUCUCUACAAAAUUCAGUUCCAUAAUGUCAAGCCAGAGUGCCUGGAUGCGUACAACAAACUCUGCGAGGAUGUUUUGCCCUCCAUCCAUGCUGAUAAGUACUACCCAUGUGAGCUGGUGGGCACCUGGAAUACCUGGUAUGGAGAACAAGACCAGGCUGUUCAUCUGUGGCGUUACAGAGGUGGAUACCCGGCUCUAACAGAGGUGAUGAACAAGCUCAAGCAGAACCAGGACUUCACAGCGUACAGGAAGGAGCGGGGUAAGAUGCUGAUGUCUCGCAGAAAUCAGCUCCUGCUGGAGUUCAGCUUCUGGAACGAGCCCGUACCCCGAGAGGGCCCCAACAUUUAUGAGCUCAGGUCCUACCAGCUCCGGCCAGGAACCAUGAUCGAGUGGGGUAAUUACUGGGCCAGGGCCAUUGGAUACCGCCAGCACAACAGAGAAGCCGUGGGAGGGUUUUUCUCACAGAUCGGCGACCUCUACAUGGUUCAUCACCUCUGGGCUUACAAAGACCUUCAGUCCAGAGAAGACACGAGGAAUGGCGCCUGGCAGCAGGAGGGCUGGGACGAGGUGGUGUAUUACACAGUUCCUCUCAUUCAGCAUAUGGAUUCCAGGAUCAUGAUCCCGACAAAGGCUUCCCCGCUGCAGUAAAAUGAGGCGUGAGCUGGAGGCUGAUAUCAAGUGGCACCCUUUUGAAUGUUACAUCCACCCAGAGCAUCACUCUCGUGGUUUCAACCUCCUGUCAGUGCUGCCAAUCAACAUCCCCUCCCUGUUCUUGUCUUUUGCUUUGUUACUUCAGGAUAUCACUAGGACAGAGGAGGCAGCAAUGUCUACCAUGUGUCUAAAAUUAAAGUAGUCCAAGCCACUUACACCCACUGAUGACACACUUCUUUCUUUUUUUUUAUUUUUAUUUCUGGUUGUGGAGAAGGAUGAGUAAAUUUGGCCAAUUUAAACCUCCUGAUGGUCGUUAUGUCCGACGUCUCGUGCCACAUUAAAACUGGUCCAUGAAGAGAGCUCAUCUCUUAAGCUUUGAACCAACCAAAGUUACUUGAAAAGACGAGCAGCUGUGUGGUGUGCAAGUGGGGGGGAAAACAGUACUGCUGAAGCUCGCUGCACAAUGCAGUAGCUAUUUAUUUAUUUUAUGUAAAUUGGAAUACAUUAAAAGUGUGCUGAGAAGUGGCACUUUGAUGUAAGCCAUGCUAUUGCUGAGUGAAGUGAGAGAAAACCUCUGUACAUUCAUGAAAACAAUAAAAGUAUGACACGGUGUAAAAUGUAAACCUAAUUUUCUAUUAUAAAUCAAGGAUUUACUCUUCUCA